AUGUCUCGGGCAGGCGCCAAGUACCAGAGCGUGGCGGCGGCCGCGCCAGCGCCGGCGGCGACGCACCCGGUGGACACCGCCGGCUGGUUCUCGCGGACGUUCUAUGCAUGGGCGACGCCGCUCCUGACGCUUGGCAACGAGCGGCAGCUCGACCCGUCGGACCUCUGGCCGCUCCAGAGCGAGAACAAGUGCGGGCUCGUCUCGGCCGUCUUUGAGCCCAAGUUCCGCGCGACGCGGUCGGUCAUCAAGACGAUCCUCGCCACGUACGGCUGGCGCUUCUUCUUCAUCGGGCUCCUCCAAGUGGGCUCGGUGCUCUGCACGCUGUACGGGCCCAUCGUGCUGCGCCAUGUGCUCGAGGCCAUCGAGGCCGAAGACGCCGGCUUUGAUGUGCGUAUCGUGCUGCAGUACGUCGUCUCGCUCUUUGCCGUCAAGGUGCUGCAGGCGAUCGUCGCCGCGCACGCAACCUUUGACAACCAAGUCAUUACCGUCAAGAUCACGUCGGCGCUGCAGCACCUCCUCUUCCAGAAAGCGCUUGUCCUCGACGCGGCCUGUCGCCGGGACAAGACGGCCGGCGAAAUCACCAACAUGUUUUCGACCGACAUCAUGUGGAUCAUCAACUUUUCGAUCUUCCUCAACCAGCUCUGGCUCAUCCCGAUCCAGAUCCUCAUCGUGCUCUACAUGCUCUACGACGUCAUCGGGUGGCGACGUUUGCUGCGAGCAGCGUUCAAGGAGGUCAUGGUGCGCAAGGACGCACGCAUGAACGUGAUCAACGAAGUCUUUGGCGCGAUGCAAAUUCUCAAACUCAACGCGUGGGAAGAGAAAUUCAGCGACAAGAUCUCAACGUGCCGCGAAGCCGAGCUCACGACGCUUUGGAAAGUCUGGCGUCUCCAGUCGUCGGUGACGUUCCUCCUCUACACGGCUCCGGCGCUUGUCACGACGGCAUCCUUUGCCGUGUAUACGCUCGUCAUGAAGGAGUCGUUGUCGUCGUCCAAGAUGUUUACCGCGCUCUCGCUCUUCACCUUGCUCAAGUACCCGAUGAUCAGCUUGCCACAGAUCAUUGCCACCAUGAUGCAGGCCUUUGUGUCGCUGAAGCGCAUCAUGGAGUUUCUCAACAUGGACGAGAAGGACAAUGACGUGGUCAAGACGCCCGAGACCAUCUCAACGUCGGAACUCAACGCAUAUGCCGAAAAGAAGAUUGACAUUGAGAUUGCCGACGCCACGUUUGCUUGGGACGUCAGUGGCAAGCCGCUCUUCGACGGCAUCAACCUCCAGAUCAAGCGCGGCGAGUUUGUCCUGGUCCACGGCGCGGUCGGCGAAGGCAAGUCGUCGCUCAUGUCGGCGCUGCUCGGCGAGAUGCACAAGCGCCACGGGUCGGUGUUUGUGGGCGGGCACGUCGCGUACUUUUCGCAGCAGGCGUGGAUCCAGAACCUCACGAUCCGCGACAACAUCCUCUUUGGCAAGCCGUACGACCGGAAAAAAUACAACGCCGUCUUGGACGCGUGCGCGUUGAGUAAAGACCUGACGCUCUUUCCCGCCGGCGACCGCACCGAGAUUGGCCAGAAAGGCGUCAACCUCAGCGGCGGGCAGAAGGCGCGCAUCUCGCUCGCUCGCGCGUGCUACAGCGACGCCGACAUUUUUCUUUUGGACUCGCCCUUGUCCGCCGUCGACGCGAUCGUGUCGAACGAGAUUUUCACCAAGUGCUUUCUCGGUCUCCUCCGGCACAAGACGAUCGUGCUUGUGACGCACUCGCCCGAGAUCAUUGCGUCCUCGUACAUUGACCGGUCGAUCGAGCUCAAGCAAGGCAAAUUGCUGGUCACCGAGGUCGAGAAGCUAGACGCGCCACUCCUGGUCUCGCCACUGAAGGCGCGCGUUGGCUUUGUCAAGGACGACGUGGUCGAUGAUGAUGACGCGCCGACGUCGCGGCUCUUUGAUUUGCUCUUGACGCCGUCCGCGUCGUCGCCGUACUCGGCCGAGUUUGACGGGCUCUCGUACACGCCGGUCGACGCGACCGAAAAGGUGUACGCGGAAAAUGGCGCACCGGACGGCCGCCUUGUCCAGGACGAGGAGCGCAGCCAUGGCCGCGUCUCGUCGGCCGUCUUCUUCAACUACAUGAAGCAGAUUGGCGGCCUUCCGAUGGUGCUUUACCUCAUCACGGUGCUCUCGCUCUGGCAAGGCCUCUCGAUUGGCAGCGACCUCUGGCUCAGCAAGUGGAGCGCGUCGACGGCCACCGAGAGCCGCGAGACGUUUGCCUUGCAGGCGCCGUGGUACCUCUCGAUCUACGCCGGGCUUGCGUUUGGCGGUGUGAUCCUGACCGUCUUUCGGACGCUCUCGAUCUACGUUGCGGGUCUCCGCGCGUCCCGAUCGCUCUUUGCCAACAUGACGUCGGCCUUGCUGCAUGCGCCGAUGCGUUUUUUCGACGCCAACCCGCUCGGACGCAUCCUCAACCGGUACUCGGGCGACAUGUCGACGGUCGACCAGCAGAUUCCGUCGAGCCUGAGCGCCAUGUCGGCCAACAUUUUCAUCGUCGGCUUCUCGCUCGGGACGACGAUUUGUGUCGUCAAGUCGCUCGGCCUGAUCUUGCUGCCGCUGCUCCUUCUCUACCUCAAGGUCGGCCAGUUUUACAUUCAGCCGGCCCGCGAGAUGGAGCGCGUCAACAAGACGGCGCGGUCGCCGAUGCUCAACUUGAUCUCGGAAGCGAUCGAAGGCGCGCUUGUGAUUCGCGCGUUUGGCCCAAAGCAAGUGCGCCGCUUCCAGCGCCUCCAUCACCACAACGUCGACGGCAGCAACCAAGCGACGUGGGCGAGCCAGGUCGUGACGCAGUGGUUCUCGCUUCGCAUCCAGCUCAUCUCGGCGGUCAUGAUCCUCGUCAUCUCGGGCGCGCUCAUCGCGAUGCGGUCGUACCUCAACGCGGGGCUCAUUGGGCUUGUGAUGAACUACGCGCUCACCGUCCUUCCGCAGCUCGAGAGCAUUGUUCGCAUUUGGUCGUCGCUCGAGACGGCCAUGGUCGGCCCCGAACGCGUGGCCGAGUACGCGGCGAUUGCACCGGAGGCGCCCCGGGUGAUCCACGGUGCGACCGCCCACGACUGGCCGACGACGGGCCAUAUCACGUUUAGCAACAUGAGCUUCCGCUACAAGGAGCACGAUGCGCUCGUGCUCAAGGACGUCAACGUCGACAUUGCGUCGGGCGAGAAGAUUGGCAUCGUCGGGCGCACGGGCGCCGGCAAGUCGAGUCUGACCAUGGCGCUCUUCCGCAUCAACGAGCUCGCGUCCGGCUCCAUCUCGAUCGACGGCGUCGACAUCAAGUCGGUCGGCGUCAAGACUCUGCGGAGUGCGAUCGCGAUCAUUCCGCAAAACCCCGUGCUCUUCAAGGGCACGCUGCGCAACUACUUGGAUCCGUUCAGCGACUAUGGCGACGACCAGCUCUGGGACGCGCUUAAGAAAGUCAUGCUCCAGUCGCGCAUCGCGUCGGUCGACGGCCAGCUCGAGAGCCACGUCGAAGAGAACGGCGAGAACUUUAGCGUCGGCGAGCGGCAAAUGCUGUGCAUGGCGCGGGCGCUGCUUCGGCAGGCGCGCAUCGUGGUCAUGGACGAAGCGACGGCUGCGAUCGACCACGAGACGGACCAGAACCUCCAGCGCGUGAUCCGGACCGCGUUUGCGGCCUCGACCGUCCUCACGAUCGCACAUCGUCUCGACACGGUCUUGGACUGCGACCGCAUCCUCGUGUUUGACCAAGGCCGACUCGUGCAGUGCGACACGCCGCAGCAGUUGAUUGACGACGGCACCGGCAUCUUUUACGAGCUCUGCACCGAAGGCGGGUACCUCGACAAGGUGCUCUCGUCGCCGUAGAGUAACAUUG